AUGGUCUCAGACGAACACUACGAGGUUUGCCUCCCGAUCCUGCAGGAUCCGAACCUCGAAGACGAAGAUAAAACCGACAAAAUCGAGGAACUGCUUAGAAAGGAGACGGCCCUGACCGGAACGUCUCUCGAUAAUGCAAUAUUGGACGUUUUAUGGAGAUACAGGGAAGGCGGUGUCAGUUCGGCUUCGCCGCCGCCUAUUCGGCAGACAAUCCUCCGCCGACCUUCCCCAGCUUCCUGGAGAGGUUCCUCCACUCCGCUGUCAGGUUCGCCGCGCCUAGGUGUUAGUCCCCUAGCUCCUCCCGGAUAUGUGCCCUCCACACUAAACAGAACCAAAUCCUCUACCGCGUCCCCGUUCUCGUCUCCUCGACCCUCGCCCCGCCUGAGCUUUGCGACGCCCGCCAUACCCCAUAGCCCGAACCUCAACGCUUACGAGUUCGCGAACGACCCGACUCCCGCACCCGAGAUCUUUGGGGACUAUCCGACUGAGAAUGUGGAGUGGCUGGUGAAUGAUGAUGGCGGUGCGAGUCUCAGUUCCUCCUUUACAAUGCCGAGCGGCCUCAAUGCGGCCGCUCCCGAGUUUUCUUCCGUGUCGGCCCAGCAAACGGACAUGACUCCGUAUGAUAUGCUUCGUACCAUUCUCGGCCCCUCGAGGACUGACGACGAGAUUGAAGCCGCACUGGCGUCCCAUGGUUAUGACCUGAGCGCUACCGUUGCCUCCAUCAUGGACAGCCAAGGUCGUGCUUUGGGCGGCCUGGCAGCGUCUGCCGAAGAACCGAGGAAGGUUCUUGUAGGUCGCUCGUCUGUUGUGGAUGCACGACCGACUACCCCCGUAAAUCAUGGCCAGAAGCCGGGCAUUAUUUGUAAAUUCUAUCUCUCCAGCGGUCAGUGCCUGCGGUCCGACUGCCGCUUCAGUCACGAUCUCAGCAGCCACCUUUGCAAGUAUUGGAUGAUGGGUAACUGCCUCGCUGGUGAUACAUGCGUCUUUUCGCAUGACCCUGCCCAGCUAGUCACCAAGCUGUCGAUGGAUGGCAGUUCAACGCCGCCUCAAAAGGCGGCGAGUCUACAUACCCAAGACUACAGCUCCUUCCCGACCCUGCAUGGCAGUCCCGAUUCCUUUUCUGCAUAUGCCGCCGCCGGUAACCACCACCCCUUCGGUCUGACGCCGCCUUCCGGUCUAAGACCAUUCCAUGGCAUGGACAAUCGUCCACGAUCCCGACCCGGCAGCCGGCAUCAGACAAAAGAGCAGGCACCCGCCCUGGACGACACCGAAGCGUUCCCUUCGCUCGGCUCCGGAAAGCCGGGGAAGAAGCAUCACGGCAAGCGAGGCGGGCACGGCCACAAGGAGGUCUUCACGCCCAGCUCCCUCGCCGAUAUCGUCAAGAUGGCGCCUUCGCCUAGUCCGUCUCCCAGGGCCGAUAAGAGAACGGGAAGAAAUGGCAGCACGGGUAGCAAGAAUGGCGAAAACAGUGCCGCAGCCCAAGCUAUUCCUAGUCCCAAACAUAUCCCUUGGCUGGAAACCGGCGAGCGGGCUAACAAGGCCUAUCUAAAGGCUCGUCAGGAGGCCAUCAAGCAUGGUGGCCUUCGCAAUAAGUUCUUGCAAAGUGCUGCCCAGGCCUGGAACCGUAACGAUGCCCGCGCAGCCAAAGCGCUCAGCCUCCGAGGCCAGAGCGAAAAUGACCUGAUGAGAAAGGCCCACCGAGAAGCGGCGCGCGAGCUCUACGAAGAACGCAACAAGACCAACCAACCCGGCGGCGCGGAGAUCUACGUCGACCUGCACGGGCUUCACCCCGACGAGGCGGUCGAGUACCUCGAAAAGGUGCUGAUGGAGAACAGCAGCGAGAGCCGGCCCGUCUACGCCAUCACGGGCACGGGACACCACAGCAAGAACGGCAAGGACAAGGUGGGCAAGGCGGUGCGCAAUUUCCUCAACGAGUGGCGCUACGCUUUUAAGGAGUUCUCGGUCCCCGGUGACAAGAAUAAUAUGGGCGGUAUCCUGGGUGUCGAUGCCCGGUCGUGGGAUCGGUCUCUGGGUAAGGAGGAAGGCUCGGCGGUGGCGGGCGCCGAGCAUAGCAAGGCGACGUCGGAUCUCUUGAGUCAGGGGGUUGAAAUUGGGGAUGGGAAGGUCAAGCUUCUGGUUAGGGAUCCUCCGAAAGGCCCUGGUGGGAACCGUCGUAGCUGA